UUGUUGCUGAUUGAUUGGGGAAUCUUUAUAAUCGGUGGAAUCAGAAACGGCGAACCCACUUCUGAUGUGUUUUUCCUUGACUGUUUCGAGCACUCAUGGAACCGUCUCCAAUCUAUGUACGUGCCUCGUGCUUCCGCAAUGGCAUGCCUGAUAGGCAAGAAGAUAUACGUGUUUGGAGGGUGUGGAGAUGAAGCUGAUUCUUUAAACUGGGCAGAGGUAUUCGAUCUCGAGACCCAAACUUGGGAGGUGUUGUUUGUGUUUACCCCCAAGAUGCCCCUCAAUAUUGAACAUAGUGUGGUGAUAGAUAAGGAACUGGUUUACGCUGUGGAUGAUGAGGGUCAAGACUUCUCCUACUCACCAAGUAACUGUUUAUUUUGGACAAGCGGGAAGACAGAUUCUAAGCCAGGACACAGAAGUGAUUGGUGUGUCAUUGGUAAACUAUUGUUCUGUCGUGGUUCUCGCGGGAGAAUACUAUGGUGUGAUCCAGAUGAUGGGUUUGACUGGGAGGAAGUCAAGGGGUUGGAAGACUUCCAAGACUCUUUUUGUGGUUCGAUACAACCGUGGGGGUUGGCAAAGACCAAGGUCCAGUAUGAUAUCAACAAACUCUGCACCGACCCCGCUGGGAACAUUGUCAUCUUUUGGAACAAUCCUGAUAGUUUGGAACUUUGGUCUGCUGUUAUUUCCUUGAAGUCAUGCAAUGGAGGAGGCGAGAUUAAGGGAAAUAUUGAAUGGUCCGGUGCUGUCUUCAAACUUGAUCCUCUCUCAAAGUCGUCAUAUAGCGUUAAUGUUUUAUAUUCUGCUUAUGUUAAUGCGUAA